AAAAUAAUUAUUUAAAAUAAAUUAAAGUAAAAUAGAUUUGUUGUACUGGGCUCCCGCCAGGUUGCGUUUUUAAAAUGUGACGAGAAUCAGUAUUUGAUGCGACGGAGAAAGAAGGAAGUGAAGCAGAAAGCAUAAGCAUGAAGACGAGUAGCAGCAACUCCAACGCACCCGUUGAUCUAUGGUCAGAAAUCCUGGCCGCUGAAACCCCACGCCCCCAACAAAUCGGCGUCGUUUACAGCCGGAGAAACCCAAACCCUCGCAACCAUCCCAACCAACAACCUUCAGACCCUGCUCUUCCUUGUUCCACUCGGGUCAGUUUGGCCGAUCCUAACAAGCGAGUCAGUUGGAAUCGUUCCCUCUCCACCAGAGGGAGGACAAGUAUAGCCGUUGGUGCUUGCAUGGUUUAUCAGCCUGGGUUAAAGAAGGACAAAAGGAAACCAAAACCCCCUCUUCCCAAAGGAAAGCUUGUGCAACCUCCAAACUUUGAGAAGGAGAGGUUAUACUUUCAAGAGGUUGAUGCUUUUGAGUUGUUGGAGGAAAGUCCCUCACCCAAGAAAGUUGGGACAUGGAUCACAGGAAAUAUGACAGAAGAGGGACCAAUACCAGCUAUAAGCUCCAGAUUAGAAAAAUGGUUACACUCUAGAAGGUUAAAUCCUAUCUGUGGUUCCUCUAGCACACUGUCCAAGAUACUGGAGGCCCCAUCCACACGUAUGGAAACUAUUUGUGAUCUUGAUCUCAAUGCUUCUGAAUUGAGAACAUUGGAACGAACGGAGGGAAGCAAUUCACUAUUACAUUCCGCCCAAACUGGUGACAAGAAAAGUUUUAUUGAGAAUGACCUUCAUUUGCAAACAAAUGAUAGGAUGCUGGCGGCUCAAAGUGGUGAAGGGUGUGAAGAUAUUGAAGCUGCUGUCAAGAAGCUCUCUCUGGUAUCAACGUUGUCUUCAAUAGAUGAUGACCACAUUAGUCCAUUUUCUGCUCUAUUAUCGAUUUGUGGACAGUCUGCACCUUCAGCGUUUCAAGAUGUUUUCUCUAGUGUCUCAGAUACUAUUGUGAAAGUUGGUGAAGGAACAUUUGGAGAAGCUUUCAAGGUUAAUAAUUAUGUCUGCAAAAUAGUUCCUUUUGAUGGGGACUUCAGAGUGAACGGUGAAGUCCAAAAGACAUCCGAAGAGCUGCUUGAGGAGGUGCUUCUUUGCAAAACUCUCAACCAAUUGAGAGGAAAAGAUGGAGAUUCUGAUAAUUUAUGCAGCGCAUUCAUAGAUUGCGUAGAAUUUAGAGUAUGUCAGGGCUCUUAUGAUGCGGCACUAAUUCGAGCAUGGGAAGAUUGGGAUCUUAAGCAUGGCUCAGAGAAUGAUCAUCCAAAAGAGUUCCCAGAUAAACAGUGUUACGUGGUGUUCGUACAACAACAUGGUGGCAAGGAUCUUGAAAGUUUUGCCCUCCUGAAUUUUGACGAGGCAAGGACUUUACUGGUCCAGGUUACGGCUGGGCUUGCUGUGGCUGAGUCUGCUUAUGAAUUCGAACAUCGAGAUCUUCACUGGGGAAAUAUACUUAUCGGACGAAGUGAUUCUGAAACGUUGCAGUUCACUCUUGAUGGCAAGAAUAUGUUAGUCAAAACGUAUGGUUUAAUAAUAUCAAUAAUUGACUUCACUUUAUCUAGAAUAAACACAGGUGAUAGAAUACUGUAUUUAGAUCUUUCUUCUGAUCCUGACCUAUUUAAAGGACCAAAAGGGGACAAACAGUCAGAAACAUACCGGAGGAUGAAGGAGGUGGCUGAAGAUUGGUGGGAAGGAAGUUAUCCCAAGACAAACGUAUUAUGGUUGAUCUACUUGGUAGACAUACUCCUUAUAAAGAAAUCAUUUGAACGUACUACAAAGCACGAGAGAGAUCUACGCUCCUUGAAGAAGCGUCUUGACAAGUAUGAUUCGGCCAAGGAAGCAAUUCUUGAUCCCUUCUUCACUGAUUUGUUCCUUGAGUCUGACCCAAAGGCUUAACAAGCUAAAGCUCCUUUUCUCACCUUCCAUGGCUUUUUGUCAAAACUUAACUUUCUUGCAUCCUUGGAGGCAGCUUACUCCAUUGUUCAACGUGAUCCGUACAAGGGGAAUUUUGUUUUUGCCUAGUUAAAAUAUUAGUGUGUAGAUCAAAAUGUGAUAACUUGAAUAUACGGGUUCAAACUUCUACAGCAAUGCAUGUUGUGAGAGUUUCUUCUGUAAAUGUUACAGCAUAUGGUACUGGUAUA